AUGGGGUUCCGGGAUCCUGAUCAUCCUACUCAUGUGUGCUUACUGAAGAAAUCUCUAUAUGGCCUCAAACAAGCUCCGCGAGCUUGGUAUAAGAGGUUUGCUGACUAUGUCUCCACUCUUGGGUUUUCUCAUAGUAUUUCUAAUCACUCUCUCUUCAUUUAUCGUCAAGGUACUCACAUGGCUUAUAUAUUAUUAUAUGUGGAUGACAUUAUUUUAGCUGCUUCUUCUGAUGAUCUUCGACAGUCCAUAAUUUCCCUUCUUAGCUCGGAAUUUGCUAUGAAGGACUUGGGCCCUUUGAGUUAUUUCUUGGGUAUUGCAGUUACUCCUCAUGCAGGUGGCCUAUUCUUAUCACAAAAGAAGUAUGCAUCAGAAAUCGUUGACAGAGCUGCCAUGUCAUCCUGUAGGCCAUCUCCUACUCCGGUUGAUACUAAACCGAAGCUGAGUGCUACUUCUCGCACAUCUUAUGCAGAUCCUACUCUCUAUCGGAGCCUUGCAGGGGCUCUUCAAUAUCUCACCUUCACACAGCCCGACAUCACAUAUGCGGUGCAACAAAUAUGUUUAUUCAUGCAUGACCCGAAAGAUGAACACAUGCUUGCUCUCAAGCGCAUUGUGCGCUAUAUUCAGGGUACCCUGGAUUAUGGUCUUCAUUUAUAUCCAUCCUUUACAUCCACUCUCAUUUCCUAUACAGAUGCGGAUUGGGGUGGAUGUCCGGAUACCCGCAGAUCGACAUCAGGAUAUUGUGUGUUUCUAGGUGAUAACUUGAUCUCGUGGUCCGCUAAACGGCAACCUACUUUGUCUUGA